AUGGCCAUUUAUAACAGGCUGGGUACCCUUGAUGGGAUGGUUGCCUUUGGUGUGAUGGAUACUUCUAGGUGUGUACUUUGUGAGGCUAAUGAUGAGAACCAUAAUCAUUUAUUCUUUGAGUGUUCUUACUCUUUUAGAAUCUGGUCCACUAUGACAGCUAAGUGUAAUGUGAAUUGGCCUAAAUUGAAUUGGAACCACCUUGUGAAUUGGUUAGCUACACAGCUUACUGGCUCUUCUCUGGCUGUUACUAUUUGUAAAUUGGUCUUCACUUACUCUAUUUACUGUAUCUGGCUGGAAAGAAAUUGUAGAAUUUUCCAAGCUACAAAGUCUACUGAGGUGGCCAUCAUCAGCAGGAUUAAGGAACUAGUAAGAUACAGGGUGAUGUCCAUCACUAACUUCAAGGCUGAUUUAACUAAUAAUUGCUUCUUGAAGGAAUGGUCUCUACCUGCUUCUGUGAUCAAAUCUGGUUUGGCUGGUCUUAAUGUUUAG